AUGGCACUCGCGACAGACACUCAACUAGCCUCGCAAACAAAUGGGCUCACCCUGUUAGACGUCUACUUCGCACAGUUUAUUCCUUCCAGUAUUCUUUCACAACAAGGGCGCACUAAACGCCUCUUUUUAAAUGGCGAAUUAUGUACCGGUGUGUUGCAGGGCAUGUUCGCCUUGGCUUCUUUGUUCCUGGGCCGCACGCAAGCGCCCAGCAAGUGGCGUCGACUCGAUGACUCGGCAGAUGUCUCCCAAAUCGCUCCUCAUCAUGGCCAGGACUGGGCUAAUAAUGCUGGUCACAUUGCGUCCCUCCAAUUACAUAUGCCCUCUGUCGACACUGUUCGAACACUCUCCAAUCUCACUACAUAUUGGUUUGGCAUUGGCCAGAGAGAAAGAUCACAGGCAGGUGCGAGUAAGUUUAUCCCGUCUUCGGGUGAUUUUUAUACUAGGCUCAAGCUUAAGCGCAUAUAG